AUGACGAUGAUCUGGGUUUGGCAUCAUCGAUUGUUUCUUCUUUGCAUUCUUUGUGGCCUCUUUUCUCUGCAGUUCAUAAAGGGUUAUGCAGAUUCAAGUGCUGGAAGAAUUUUGAAUCAGGUGGGUGGUAAUCAUCAAAUACAUUGCUCUAGAGAAAGAAGUAGAAUAGCUUGGAAGAUCAUUCAAGAGUAUUUGAUGCCCUUUGUGGAUAAAGAAAAAUAUCACAUACCAAAAAGGUGUAGGUUUCAUCCUGACAAUGACAUAUACAGAGAUCAGGAGCAGCACAAGUUUCAUACAGAUAUAAAUGAAUGGCAGUGUGGCUAUUGUAAGAAAAGUUUUUAUGAAGAGAAACAUCUCGAUCAGCAUUUUGACAAUAGACACUCCAAUUUGCUUAGUUUGAAUGAAAGCCAAUGCUUAGCAGAUGUAUGUGGUGCACUGCACUGUGACCAUGAAAUGAAUUCUGGAUCAAAAAAAUCAAAGUGCAAUCCUGCUGCUGCUGCAAAAAAUAAACAUCUAUGUGAGAGCUUAGCGGAUAGUUGUUUUCCAAUUAAUGAGGGUCCUGUGACAAGCCGACUUCAUGAAUUGUUCUUGCACCAAUUCUGUGAUGCACACAGCUGCAUUGGAAAUAGGAAACCUUUCUCCAGAGGGCGCAGGAAGAAGACAAAUGUGUUCUACAUAUUUGUGUCUAUUUUGCUUGUGGUACUGCUGCUAUUAUAUUAUCUCUACAUUUACUUAUAUCAGAGAGGAAUGAAAAGGGAAAAUCAAAUGCUGAAGCGCAUCUCACAAACUAGCAGAAAGAAAAAGCCAUCCUAA